AAAACGAGUUAAAUCUUUGAUGGCGUUUCUUGAAACGUUUGUAAUGCGAUAAAAGAAGCUUAGAAAAAAAGCCUGCGAUAAUCGUUAACCUUAAAAGAAAUUUCUCUAUCGUUCGACUACCACGACGUGAUAUAAAAGAAGUCAUUCGAUCUUGAAAACGAUCAAAGUUCUUGCGGUUUUAGAGGCAACAUGAUGCGAUUCAUUAUUUUCAUGUGCCUUUUGGCGGUACAGUUCAACCAUGGUCUUUCGGGUAAAUCUUCAGAUUUAUUGUCCCACCAACGGGUCCCACCCUUUCUCUUGAAAACGGUAAUGUUUAUAAGCGGAAACUCUCUGACAUUAACAGUCACAGAAAGAGGUGUCAACAAAUGUGUCGUCGAAACGAACAACGGACGAAGAUAUACUUACAAACCUGAUUAUAAAUUUAUCGAUGAAAAUAACAAGCUACAUAGUGACAUUUCUACCUGUUCGCUUUCAAUAGCCAAGCCUUUCCUGAACGAUACUGGAUACUGGAAAAUCACGCAGUAUUACGAAAAUAAAGAAUUUCAGAUUUAUGACUAUUACAUAUAUUCUGAAAUGGUUGGUACAAUCAGCCCUAGUGAAACUAUAAUUGUUUACGAAGGACAUUACGUGACUGUAAAGAUUGCAAAUCAGCUUGGAGAUAUAAUCGCCUGCAAUGUGACAAACUCAAAGAAAGAGACAUUCGACGUUUUAUCCGAGAGCAAAAGAAACGUUGAAAAAUACGGUCGUUGUGGUGUUCGAAUUUUGAUAAAUUCGGAACACCACGGUAAAUGGCAUCUCUAUGCGAUUUACAAAACUAACGAGCUCGUAUCUGCUAAAUUCAAUCUUGAUGUACAAAAUGAGGAUAAAGUCAUAAAAGAACAGCAAAAUAUAACGUUGGAAUUGCGGUCACCAGCCAAGAUAACUCUCGGCAACAUUAAAUCGACGUAUUGUCAGCUGACAGAUUCUCAUGGCGUGAAAUUGCCCUUGACGAUCGGAAAAUGUGAAUAUGACAUUGCAAUCGUCACUCCGUACUACGACGGACUUUGGAAGGCUCGUUAUGGAUUAAGGGGAAGACUCAUUCCGGUCGAAGUCGACAUCAUGAUUACAACUUACGACCCAGACGCUGUUAUUACUAACGUCAACGUCACUAAAGAUGAAGUUAAUAUACUCUGUCGUGUACGCAAACGUACUCUACAGGAUUGUCUUCAAUAUUGUCUCUUUAUCAGCCCAAAUGGUACAACGUUGGAGAUUAGCCCAGGUGUCGGAAGUGGCAAAUACCAGUUUUAUCAAGGAACAAAUGAGGAAAUAACUUGCGGUAUGACGAUUCAUCAGCCAGAAGAAUAUGAUUAUGGUCUAUGGAGAUGCGAGAUGGCAAUGAAAUAUCUAUCAGGAUUAGAUGCACGAUAUGGUUCUAUCUUGUAUCUUGACUACAAUCAAUCACAAGAUCCAACGAAUUACAAAUUUUUAUUGCCAAGGAACAUUAAUACUUUUGCCGAAAAUGUGAUGGUUAAACGAAACGACAGUUUCACGAUCAAGUGUAGUACCAAUAUGGUCUUGAAUUAUUGUUGGCUCCGAAGUCCAAUUGGAACAACAUAUUCUAUCAUCACGGACAAAGAAAAGAAAAAUGCUUUACCGCCUAGAACGCUUUUUUACGAGGGCCUUGGUUUCUCGCAAGGUGAAUGCGGUGCAUUUAUAAACAAUGCCGUGAACGAGCAUCAGGGCAAAUGGAGUUGUUACAUGGGUAUUAAAAAUUAUAGCGAGGUAGAAGCCACCAUAUGGGUCACCGUUACAGAUAGUUACGUGUUCGCGGAAAAAAAGGAAGUGACGUUUAAUGGACGUAACAACUUGAAUUUAUCUUGUCACCUUCUUACCAAUUUAAGUAAUAGUAUCGAUUAUUGUCGAUGGAUACGACCGGACGGACGUGGCAUUCACGAUGACACGGUGAAUCAUCGAUACGCACCCGAGAUGUACGAGAGACGUUGCGAACUAAUUAUUCUCGGAAAGAAAUUUCAAGCAGAGGACGUGGGCCGUUGGACCUGCGUCGCCGGUCUCACCGGGGAAAACAUCCAAGAGGUGUCUACCGGCAUAUACGUAAAUACGACGGUUAUACAGUCAACAAUUCUAACCGGUAUCAUAACCGGUACUUGCGUCUUUUUGAUCAUCUCUGUGACUAUCGCCAUUUUUACGAACUUCUGUAAGAAGGAAUCAGUCGCAACUUUAUCGAAGUAUCCACCUCCAUACGACACGGUUAUACAUUAAUGAAAUCCCAACGAAAUCGAUGAUAUAGAUGCGAUAUAAUUACGAGGACUAAAUCGAUACAUAUACCUGUCGAACGAUCGAAUCCGAAAUCGUUCCGGAGGAAUCACUCAUCGUGAAUACGUUAAAACGUAGGAAAAAAGCUAUGCGAUUUCUAUGGGAAUGUCGAUGGUAAAGGUUUCUAAAUUCGCCGAUAGACAGUUCAUUUAUUCUGUAAAGUUUUAAAAUCUAUUGUACGAGAGUUUAUUAAAGGUUUGACGUUCCUUCUAAAGGUUACGGCCCUUCCUUCUUUUUUUUCUUCUUUCUUUAGAAAAACAUGAAUAUUCUUCAACUAUCCCUGUUCACCGUAAACCGAUAACGAGUUAUCGAGUUUUGUCAAACUGUUUCUCCUCUUUUGUUAUUUAUUUACUCAACUUCCAUUUAAAGAACUUCCGUUUAAAAUGGUUUCGAUUUUGAAGCAACACGUUCGACAUCCGCAACGUUUGUAUCAGACAUUUUUAAAAGAUCAAUGAUAGCCCUGAGUACAAUUUUUUCCUCGUUAAAGUAUCUUUUUUCGUAUAAUGAUAAUCGGCUUUCUGUGAUUUACUAUACUCCAUUCCCCUCGUUACGAAGAUACUCGAACGCCAUAAUUUAUAUCAUUUAUUUGAUGAAUUCAUCUCUAUCGAUCGUGCGCCAUUCUAAAACAUUCUAUAGGAAAAUUUUUGCUCCUUUCCUAUCGGCUAAAACCAUUGAAUUCUUCUCGCAAGAUGCGUAUCUCCGUUUUGUUUGGAAUUUAAAAGACAGAAUCCCCCGAGUUUAUAUCGACUAUAUGACGAGUGGAACAUUCAAGAAUAGAAAAAUCGUCGACGCUCUAUCUCGGGAGAGAGAGAAGGAAGCGAAAAGAGAGAGAGAGAGAGAGAGAGAGAGAGAGAGAGAGACAGAACGUUGACAAACUCUCGUCCCAUCGGCAAAGCAACCCCUCGUGUUUGCCUCUAGUAUACUUCGCACGUCGAAGGGGCGAAAUCACAUUCGUGCACGUUUACAAACACCCAUAGGAUGAAUUUACAUGUGCGACAAAUAAACGUGUAUAUGUGUGUGUGUGUGUGUGUUUUUGACGCCAUCCGAUUUCGAACUGAACGAAGAAGAAGUAAAAGCAUAAGUGUAGAAAUUUAAUAAGAUACGACGAAUAAUUUAUAAACUCUUAAGCUUAUAAAGGUAUCACAAACUUGUAAUGAAAAAGCAUAGGAUUACUUAUUUUUUAACAAACUAUAGAUCUUUAAAAAAUUACUUGAAUAAGAAAUCAAAUUGUUUGAAGGAUGAAUUGUAAAAGAAAAAAAAAAAAAAAAAAGAGAAAAACGAAGAAGAGAGAUCCUACGCCAUUGAAGAUGGAUGCACGAGAGCAGUUGCACAUUACAAGUAUCUAUCCGGACGCACGUAUGUGCAUAGCUAACGCUUCUUUUCUUUCAUUUUCUGUUUACGCACGUGACUGCAUGAGCGCACACAUGAGCACGCAAAGGCAAAAACAAGGUACGUGUACGUGCAAGAGAGCGAACCUACUACCACCGGCAUGGCCACACAACGUUUUCAGAAUUGCCUCCUCCGUCCUACGCUCUCGUGGUCACUCCUAAUAAGAUUUACUGCAUAACGCGUACGCACGCAAGCACACACGCUUUAUUUCUACCUUUACGCCCAAAAAUUCCCAGUUUAUGCGACGUUUAUUAACGAUAUUUUUUUUCUUUUUUCUUUCUUUCUUUCUUUAUAAGUUCCCCCUUUCUCGCACAUUCAUUUUGAUUUUCUAUUACAAAAUGUCGCCUAAGGUCAUAAUACUACGUAUCCUAUUAACGUAUCGUAUUAUGCAUCAGGUUACUCUUUCAAGAAGAUAUUCAUAUCGUUGCUUCAAUCUA